AUGCUCUUCGUGCCCUUGGAGCAAAAAUGUCGUUCAAACAACUCAGAUUUUUUUGCCGCAAGAAGAUUCCUGGACGCUCUUUUGAUAUCGCUACAAAAAACAAUAGCCUUGGUCACCACGUUGUUCAAUACUUCACAGCCCAAACAAACACUUUUCCCAAUUCCUGUGGAUCUUAUUAUCGCCUCUCUGACGACAACUCAAUACUUGCAAGCCAAUGUUCUCAAUGGAGUUAUCAAUCAGGGUAUUAUGUUGGUAAAUGGCAUCAUGCAGGAUAUACGUCUAACGAUCGUUUGUUCAAUCACUUGGCAUUUGUUUGUGACAAAGCACACUGGCUCGUAG